UUUGCAAACUGCGCGAACUUCGCGGAACGCGGGAAGGCCGCAAUUAAGGGAAACGGAGUCAAAUGUUCAGGGGGCUGCGUCUUGCGUGGACGGUGCCGCAGUGAUAUCGACGACGCUGCGCCGUGUCGCGUUGUUAGAGAUUCCGCGGAUAGCGUUUGCUUCGGUGGAAACGGAAACGAUUCGGUCUUCAAUCGUUCAUCCGAUCGUCCACCGACUCCCGCCCCGGUCCCGGCGGUAAACGCCGGCACACCGCCGCCGCGCCACGUUUUCCAUUGCAGUUUGCAGUCGCGCGAUGAGAAAACAAUUGAUGGGAGCGGUGGCGCGCGAAACGCGAUCCGCCACGAUCACACGAGAGAGAGAAACCGGCUUUCGGAUCUCGCGUUCCGCGACAAAUUGACCGAUCCCGAUUUCAAUCCCUCGAAAAAAGAAAAACAAAAAAAGAACAACAGUUCAACGCCGCAAUCGAGCCUCGCGCGGGUUCGAACGAACAAAUCGAUGGUCCGCGGCACGAUGCGUCCGGUCUAAUCGAAUGAAGCGAAUUGAUGCCGCGCGACGACGACGUGUCGUUCAAAAUAAUGAGAUACGCCGGACAUGAACGUCGCUGGACACAACCGCAGACUUCCCUUGAUGCCGAGCCGGGAACACGAGCUGGUCACGGAGGGCAGCAACACCAGCGAUUCCGAGUCGAGUUCUGACGCGCGAUCCUGCAACGUCCACGGGGAUCGGUGCGAGAAGUUCGCGGUCGCGCCGUUCGCCGAGUCGGUUAAGUACGAUCGAGAAACGAUCGGGAGCCUGCCGUUGGACAGAAAAGACGACAAAGACAACAUCUCGUACGCGGGCACCGACGCGGACAAGGACGAAACCUCGAGCAAGUCGAAGAAGAAGAAGAAACGCAGGUAUUUGACGAUAUGCACGAGCAACUGCAAGUACGAGGUUGUGAGGCGUGUGGCGACGCGCUUCGGGAUGAAAGAGGUCACCGAGGACAGCAGCUGGAACCUGUACUGGACGGACUUGAGCGUGAGCAUCGAGAGGGCCAAGGACAUGAAAAGGUACCAGAAGGUCAACCAUUUCCCCGGAAUGACCGAGAUCUGCAGGAAGGACCUGCUCGCACGGAACCUGAACCGCAUGCUGAAGCUCUACCCUAGGGACUACAACUUCUUCCCGAAGACUUGGUGCUUCCCCGCUGACCACGGGGAGGCGAUGGCCUACGCGAAGCUGCGGCGCUCGAAGACCUUCAUCGUGAAGCCCGACACCGGUUGCCAGGGUCGCGGUAUCUUCUUAACGAGGAACUUGAAGGAUGUUAAGCCCACUGAACGCAUGAUCUGCCAGGUGUACGUGGCCAGGCCUUUCCUGAUCGACGGCUACAAGUUCGACCUCCGGAUCUACGCGCUGAUCACCUCCUGCGACCCCCUCAGGGUGUACGUCUACAACGACGGCUUGGCGAGGUUUGCCACUAGCAGAUACAAGGAGCCGACCGGACACAACACGUCGAACGUGUUCAUGCAUUUGACGAACUACGCCGUGAACAAGCACAGCCGAAUGUACGUUAUCGACGACGAGGUCGGUAGUAAAAGGAAAAUAUCCACGUUGAACAAGUGGCUGAAGCUGAAGGAGGUCGACGUGGAGGAACUGUGGCGAAAAAUCGACGAGAUCAUUAUCAAAACGAUCCUGGCGGCUUACCCGAUCCUGAAGCACAGCUAUCACACGUGCUUCCCGACGCACGAUAAAACCUACGCGUGCUUCGAGCUGCUCGGCUUCGACGUGCUGAUCGACUGGAAAUUGAAGCCGUACCUUUUGGAGGUGAAUCACUCGCCGAGCUUCCACACGGACGCGCAGAUCGACAAGGACAUAAAGGAGGGUCUGCUGAUGGACACGUUCGCGAUGCUGAACUUGCAGCAAUGCGACAAGAAGAAGAUCAUCGAGGAGGACAGGCGGCGCGUCCGGGACCGAUUGCUUCAGGGAAUAACCUGCAAGGAGAGCAGUAUGAACGAUCCAGUGAUGGUGGCGGCGAAACUCGACAAACAGGAGCAGGAUUACCUCGAGCGACAGUUCCAAUGGGAGGACGAGCACACGGGGAAUUUCCGUCGAAUCUAUCCGUGCCCGGGCCUGCAGAAGUACGAGCCGUUCUUCAAGCAGAACAGCAUCUCCGUGUUCCAGGACACGGUGGCGUCGCGAGCCAGGGAGGAGGCCUCGCGGAUCCAGAAGGAGGAGAACGAGGCGAAGCUCAAGGAGCAGGAGAACAAAAAGGUGAUCGGCAAGUGGAGCGAUUCCAAGCUGCAUCCGGAGAGCCCGAAGGUGGUUUACGGUCGCAAGUCGACGUCGACGUCGACGUCCUCGACCACCUCCAGCAAUCGCGCGAGAAGCAAAUCCGCGGCUACGGUCAAGAAGCAUCCGAUUCCUCUGAACGCGAAGAAACAAAUCGUGAACACGGUUCCAAUAGCUGAGAACACCCUGUACUCGUUCGAGCCGGAGAUCAUCUGCGAGUCCGAGGAGCGGGAGCGCAUCACGGCGUUGGCCCAGCGGGACUUCUUGAUCAAAAGCUACGGCAUGCUCGAGCAGAUCUACAUGGCGAUGAAGAGGAACGGCACGCUGCGCGCCAUCGACGAGAAGAAAUCUCGAAGUGACUUGCAGCGAGGCGCGGGUUCACGUUCGACCGAACGUGGCGCGGAAAUUUUUGGUGGACCAGCUGAAUUCGAGGAGCACCAAGACCCUCGCGGCCGACACUCCGUCGAACGUGGCGCGCCUGCACACGAGACGAUUCCGUCGACUCCGUUGAUUCCGUUCAGACGAUGUCAAGAAGAACGUCGGGACGAUGUCAAGACGAGAGUGGCGUUUCGAUUAAACGAUCUCCCGUAUUUCUAGCAUUUCCCCUCCCCCCUCCGCACAGCAAAUCAGCAAACCCUUUGGUUAAUAAAAUAUUUUUCAUAAAACGACAACAGAGAGGUUUGCGUGUUUCUUGACAGCUAUAAUAUUAAGUUUCGGACUCCGAUGGAAGUUAUAGAAUAGACGAUGUAAAAACCAA